AUGUCCCUCGAAAACUCAGUGGCUGCGAUUAACGCAUCACUGUGCAGCAGCCCUGGAGGCAGGAUCUUCCCCAUUACAGGGACAAGUGAGCAGUCGUACGAUGACUAUCUCGGUUUAACUGGCCAAUCCGCACUUAUCUCUUUUCAAGAUGUGUCGGAAAACUCAAGCAACCCUGGCGACACCGAAGUAGUUCCACCAACAGAGGCUAGCCUUAAUCCUCAAAGUUCGACCGACCUUGCAGAUUCUCGCAUAGCUUCGGAUGGCCAGGAAGACCAAUUAACUCCCCUUGAAAUGCAAAUCCUGGAGAAGCAGAUCGAGCAAGAUCUCGAUCCAGAUUCGGGCAUGACAGCUGCUGAGGUCUGGGAAGACACCCGCUCUAUCUCACGGAAGGCAAAGCGCUUGGCGUUAGAGGCACUUUCGUUACGUGAAACUCAAGUCGCAGCCUCAUGGGGAACUUCUGCAAGAUUUACACAUGAAGACUAUACUGUAGGAUGGGUCUGUACUCGUCCUCUAGAAUAUGCAGUGGCUGAAGGGAUGCUGGACGAACAACAUUCGGCUCUUCCACAGGUUGAAAAUGAUACAAACACCUACACACUAGGGGGAAUGCAGAGACACAAUGUUGUCCUUCUCUGCAUACCUGCAGGAGCCAUGGAGACUGGGGUUGCAAACACUGCUGUAUCGGGGAUGCUCCGCAGUUUUCCAAAUAUAAGGAUUCGGCUGCUGGUUGGAGUUGCCGGAGGAGUUCCAAACCAUCAAAUUGAUAUACGCAUCGGCGAUGUAAUGGUUGGUUCCCCCGUGUCUUCUUCAGGAGGUGUUAUGCUCUUGAAAGGAAGUGGGGAGAGCUUUGCUGAGACUGGUACACUUGAGACGCCACCAAGAGAACUCGGAAACGCACUUGCGACACUGCAAGCUCGACAUAUAAGAAGGAGGAAUGAGAUUCAACGUCAUAUUGAAGAAAUGCUAGAGGCGAAUCCGGCUAUGCGUCUUCCGUUCUCCUUUCCAGACCCUGAAGGCGACUUGCUCUUGCCACCAUAUUACGAGCAUCAUAAUAAAGGCAUGCCAAAUUGUCUUGAAUGUGACCCUCCUCAAGUGAUACCACGGCCGAAGCAUAGAGGCAGACCUGCUGUCUUUUAUGGUCCUAUUGGAUGGACCAGUUCAGUCAUCAAUAGUGGUCUUGCCCUCGACGCUGUUUCCCGCCAAAGGGUCAUUUACUGCAUUGAGAUGGAAACCAUGGGAUUGAUCAAUUUGUUCCCUUGCAUUGUGAUUCGAGGAAUUUGGAACUACUCAGAUUCGCACAGAAAUAAGGCAUGGCAGUAG